AUGGCGACUUCAGGACCCUCCGUGCCCACAGAGGAACAUAGCCCAGAACAUGGAAACACUGAAGAUCUCCACUAUGCUGAGCAUGGAGAGUCUGAUGUCUCGAAGGAUGAGCUUCAGAUCUACAGAGGGACCCAUGGAGAGCUGGUACAUUCAGGAGAAUCAGGACUUCGAAGAAGAGGUUCAGACAUGGCCGAAGGGGAAGUGGAGGCCUCUCAACUAAGAAAACUGAAUAUAAAGAAAGAUGAUGAGUUCUUCCAUUUUGUCCUCCUUUGCUUCGCCAUUGGGUCCUUAUUGGUGUGUUACCACUACUAUGCAGACUGGUUCAUGUCUCUUGGCGUUGGCCUGCUCACCUUUGCCUCUCUAGAGACCGUCGGCAUCUACUUCGGGCUAGUGUACCGGAUCCACAGUGUCCUGCAAGGCUUCAUCCCUCUCUUCCAGAAACUAAGACUCAUGGGAGGGUUAGCAGGGAAGAAGGGACAGAGGGUCUGGAAUCGGGACUUGGGGACUGAGUUCCACUUCUCAUGA